GUGGAAAGCAGUAAAGUGGCUGUAGUAAAACCUAGCUGGUGAGGUUUUUGGAUUUCUGAGUGCAAUAAUGGCCUACAGGAUAUUCAAUAGAGUUCUCUGGUCCAUCCUGCUAACAUCUUCUGUACUUGCUGGAGGUGGCCCAGCUCAAGGGCUUGAGGAAUCCCAAGAAACUCUCCAGGGUCCGGUCCGUGGCGUUAGAAGCUCAAGCUCAUUCUACAGCAAACAUCCCUUCAAUAGUCUUACUCUUUCCCAGAGUGCUGGCAGCUCUGGUCCUAGUGACCUCCCAUCUGAUGUCUCUGGCUCCUAUCAGACAAGGAAUUCUUCUCGUAGUGAUGGGCCAGCUUUGCGUAAACUAGUCUUCAGUGACUCCUGGCACUCCUUUAUGCCUUCCUCCAGUAAUAAUGUCAAGCCUUCCCAAAGCCUCCCUCUCCUUACGGGUAAGGAGGUUUCAGGUAGCUCUACCAUUGAAGCAGUGGGUUUCCAAGGCAGACUGGGGUCUCCAGUUAGACCUAGUUCUGGCCAAAAGCCAGCUUCUCAGGCUGGCCAUGGCAACUCUUGGGCUAACUUGCAAGAUGCAGUACAUCCAUUUUAUCCAAGUUAUGGACAAAAUAUUGGGUUCCCAGCUGUGCAUAGUCCUCAUGGUUCUGGCUUUGCUCAGAGUCCAUAUGUUUCUUUGCAGAGGUUUGGGCCCCAUGAUGUCUCUGCUCCUAGCCAGUUACUAGUCCCACAGGUUAGUUCCUUUCCUGCCCAGAUGCCAAGUUCUCAAGGGGGGUAUCCAUAUUCCCAUGUAAGCUCUGCCCCUGAUCAAGGAAUGGCUUAUAAUGCUGGCUCAAUUCCUUCCCAAUCCACCAGUCCCCACGUAGGCUCCAGCUUUGCCUAUGGGUUGUAUCCCUCUAGCUCUUUAAUGGGUGAAGAGGGUGUUGUACCACCAGUGACUUACCGGGGUGGUUCUGGUUCUAGUCAGAUAACAAGCUUUGCUCCAGUCCCACAGGUUGAGACCUGGGCAGAGGAACCAAGUUCUCCAUACUCAUUUACAGCUCCUGCUCAGACUGCUUACAUGGGCAGUUCUGUUCUUUCCCAACCUAGUAGUUCCCAAGUGGGCUCUGGCCCUGCUCAUGCUUGGCAUCUUCCAAGCAUCAUUCCUAGUCAGGUUGGGGCUUUUCCAGGUGUCUCCAGCAGUGUUCAGGGCAGCUAUGGUACUCUACCUGUGGGUAGCCAGGGUGGUGCUACUAUUUCUCAGGUUGCAGGCUUUCAGCCUGGUCUUGGUUAUGUAGUGGUACCCCAGUUUGGCUCCAUGGCAGACAAAACUACAUUACCCCAUGCUGGAUUUGUAUCAGUAGGUUCUCAUCAGUCCCUACCAGGUUCUGGGCUGGCUUCAAGUUCUCAGGCUGGUUAUCACUCCAGUCAGGUCGGCUCUGUACCUGUCUGGACAACUACUGUUCCUGUCUGGCCCAUGUGGGCCCAGAUGGCUUCAGCCCCUGCUAGUGCAGGUGUUCCACAUGUCACAGGACAGUUAGGAACCCAGUUUCCUGGUUACACUCCUAGUACAGCCUCAGAUCUAACUGUGGUGCCCCACAGAGGUUUUCUUCCUGGCCAUGCUGUUGGUGUUGCUAAUACACCUCAUAUGGUGCAGCGUCCUUCUCGAUACAGUCCUCCCCACAGUGUGGGUUCACCAGUAACUUCUGGUGUUGAUCUAGGUUUGAGGGUAGGCUACUUUGGGGGUACCUAUAACUCUGCCUGGGGUCCUAAUGACUGGUCAGUCUCUUCUUCCAGUGUGAGCGGAGUCCCAGGUGAGCUUUGUUUCUGCCUCAAGGAUUUCAGUUCCUACUAGGCCAGGCUGUUGAGAUCUAUAAUUUAGGGUUAAUGGUUCCCCUGUUCGGGUCCUAGUGGGACCCAAAAAAAAUAUUAUCUGUUAAAUACCUUUUGAUUUUUCCAGUAGUGAAUUGCUUGAACAUUUGUUCACGGUCCAAGAACUUGGAGGUACUGAUUUGGGGGGGGGAAUGACCAUCUUGGCUACUUGCUCAGAAUGAUUAGUUUAAAGGUACUGAUACAAAAAAAUUGAAUGUUCUGUAUCC